CUCUCCGAUGGGGUCUGGGAGCAGCCGUACCGCCCGGGCCGCCACCGCCCGAGUCACUACCGCCCGUGUCACCACCGCCCGUGUCACCACCGCCCGUAUAACCACCGCCCGGCCGGCCGCCGACCGCGCCCCCGGUGCCAGCGUCGACCUAACCCAGCCGCGCUCGGCGCGAGUCCGGUUCGCUACCGAUGAGGCGGCGCUGGAGGAGGAGAUACCCGACUGCGAGCUGGGCGAGUCCCUGGACGGCUCGGACGCCGACCGACUGUUCUCCGAGCUGCGGGCGGCCUCAGCAGUCCCCUCCGCCCGCGAGGACAGCGGCCUGGGUCUCCUGGAUGCCGCCUACAGCCACGUGAUCACAGAGGCGUCGCCGGCGGAGCGGGUGGCUCAGGUGGAGCGCGACUUCGUGCCUCCGCUCAACCUCGAGCUGGAGGUGGUGGGCCGCGCGGUGCCCCGCCUCCUCUCCGGCUACCAGAAGAACCGCCGCGAGGAACAGCAGGUGCUGCAGUCGCUCAGGGAGGAGGGUCUCAUCGCCACACCGGCUGAGAGGGCCUCCAGUGGUGUCAGUUUCGAGAUCGUCUCGGCGUCGUCGGCGGUGUCGCUGUCGGGAUCGACGCGGUGCGUGUCGGCGGCCCCGGCCACCCGACUGCCGUCGGCCACCCUGGAUCGUCUGGAGGCGCGUCGCCAUCGACACCGGCGCACUAUGGAGCCCGAGACCGACCAGCUGGCCAAACAGCGACGGCGCAGGGCCGCCGAGGAGGAGAAGGUGCGGAAGCUGCUGCUGAGGAAGCAGCAGGUGGAGCAGGGUCAGCAGCAGGUGGAGGAGCUCCACCAGCAGCUCUCCAUCGAGCGGGAGGCCUCGCUGGAGCGGCGAGUCGGAUCGGCCAUGGACAAAAGGCAGCGCCACCUGAACGAGCUGCGGCAGCGUCUGCGAGAGAAACACGACCGGGUGAAACAGGCGCCGCUGCGACGGGCGCAGGUCACCUAGUCUUAGGUCAGGAAAAGGGGCGGGAUGGGAAGGUCUGCCGCUGAGACGGGCGCAGGUCACCUAGUCUUAGGUCAGGAAAAGGGGCGGGAUGGGUAGGUCUGCCGCUGAGACGGGCGCAGGUCACCUAGUCUUAGGUCAGGAAAUGGGGCGGGAUGGCCGUAGGUCUGCGGCUGCGGCGGGUGCGGGUCACCUAGUCUUAGGUCAGGCAAUGGGGCGGGAUGGGUCGAUCUGCGGCUGCGACGAGUGUAGACCGCAUGGCGUUGAACACUGGUGACGGAGUAGAGCCGAGGAGAGGCUGGCACCUCUGCGACGUAAUUACACGGGUCAUAUGACGUCGACCACUGCUGGAGUGUGGAGAGACCCCUGAGUCAAGCACGAAACCGGAAGGGCAGAAGGUUUAAGGACACGAUCUUUUGCGGGAUUUGGCAGUGCCGAAUGGGGUUAAUUGUUAUUCAGUACGGCAUGAGGACAGGAGGGACGAAGACGGUGCAAGGGGAAGGAGGACGACAGGAAGGAAGACACUGUCUGCAAGGAAGUCAUGUGACAGGCCACUCUUUAAUACUGAAACUAUUUAUUUUAUUUGAUAUGAUGACCAAGCUGUGUUUAACGACGGUAAAUUUUUAUUGUUACUGCUUCCCUUGCUAGUCAAUGACAGUCGCUUGUGUGUUUGUGUUACUCACUUCUUCAUUUGUGUUUGAGUCAUCUAUUUACUUUUGACUCCAUACAAUUUCAUGGCAUUGGGUAAAACACAUCUAACUUUAAUAUGAUCUCUCAUUUAGAUCUUGCGUAGUGCUUUGGUAUGUGCUCGAAGAUUACGCAGGUACAUGCAUUGUUUUCAGAGACUUUUCAUAUCGACCAUGACGUCGCUAAUCGUGACUAACAAAUUUGUGAUGAAUGACAAUAAUAAAAUAUCUGAUGAAACGACCUCUAAA